CCCAACAAAGCCCAACAGCUUUUGUCUUCGGACCAGUUAAUCGCAAGUUCGCAACGAUCAGACGUUGAACCCUUCCACUAAUCGCCGCCGUUGAAACUCCGUUCACCUCUGUAUUGAUAACAAAAUCGAAGCUUUCUUUAGUCGCACUUCCGAUUCCCAAUUGGGGAAUCUCUUGUCCGAUUGGGUUCUAUGGCUAUAUGGCGUAUAAUCAAUCGUUCGUAUCUCAAAUACGCAUCAAACCAAUUAACCAGAAACUACUACACUCAAGUUUGUCUUGCUUCUUCUACUCAUGUCGUAAAACAGACAACAAAGUUGUCUUCUUUUGACAUCCCAAAUUCAGAUAUAUGUACAAGACCUUCUAAUAUCUUCCAAAAUCUCAGAUUCCUUGCUACUUCAGCUCAGGUAUUACUCUCUUUGUUUUGAUAAAAAGUUUCGUUUUUUUCUUUCAGCUCUGUUUUCUUCUUCUUUUGGUAGCUAUGCAAUUUCGUAACUUUCAGUACUUUGGUUGCAAUUGUGGGGUUGUUGCCUUUUAGAUUGCAUUAGAUGAUAAGUAUGGAAGAUCUGGAACCCUGCAAGAUUUUUGUGUUAUGUUGUUGAAUUCAACGACUUUAGAUGUGUCCAUGUUAUAGUUACGGUGUAUAUGCAUUUUAGAUCAUGUUUGAAUUGUUUAGUUGUGUGAUGUUUUUGGGCUAAUGGAUGUUAGUGAGUGAGCAUUGUUUGGUUCAGAGCUGUUAUAGUGUCGUAUGUGUACUAUGAUCCUGCUGUCAAAGUUGGUCAUAAAUUUGUAUAUCCAUGUUCUUGUUCAAGACAAGGAAGAAGGAAGCGGAAGUUGACUCUGAUGGUCCACGUCUCAAUGAGAAGAUUACUGGCGACUAUGUUAGAUUGGUUUCCGAGGAAGGACACUGUGUUGUAUCGUUGAGAGAAGCUCUCAGACGGGCUAAGGAGCUUCAGUGUGACUUAGUUGAGGUCCAAAGAGAUGCUAAGCCACCUGUGUGUAAAAUUGUGAAAUACUCAUUGGAGCUGUACAAAAAAGCUAAAGUAGGAAAAGAGCGUGCUAAGGCCAAGCGGGCUGAAGCUAUUCGACCUGAUAUCAAGGAAAUUCGAUUUACUCCAAAAAUUGAGGCCAAGGACCUAAAGUUUAAAUCUGAUCAAGCAUUGAAGCUGAUGGAAAGUGGAUAUCGUGUAAAGUGCCUUGCAGUGCCUGACAAGGACAAGCAUAAGGAACUUGAACCAGAAAAGCUGCUUGAGUUACUAUUUCGCUUCACUUGUUUUAUUGGGGAUGCACUUGUGGAAUCUUGGCCUGAGGCGGAUAGAAAAGGCGCAGUUGUUAUAGUUAGACACGCCAAGUUUGGUCCACCCAAGAAAGGAGGGGUGAAAUUAAUGAAGGAUAUUGACAUAAAAUCUGCAAGAGUGAAAGAAGAAUCACCAAAGCCUGAUAGCUCGAAGGCGGGAGUGGCUACUGUUGAUGAUCAGGAAGAUAUAGAGAAGUCUGAACCUAGGUUCAGUGUUGAGCAGGCUCAACCAGUUAAAUUCCAGAACGCAUACGCAAAAAGAGAACCUAGCAGUGAGUUUUCAGGAGGUAGAGAUGCAAGCCGGUUUGAACCUCAGUCUCCAAACCAGCAUGUAAACCCACAACGUCCUCGGUUCUCAAACCAAGCUCCAAACCAACAACCUACCGGGCGGUUUGAUCCUCAGUCACCAAAUCAGCCUCCAAGUGCACCAAGGCCUCAGUUCCCAAACCAACAACCUACAGGGCGGUUUGAUCCUCAGUUUCCAAGCCAGCCUCCAAGGCCUCAGUUCCCAAACCAAGCUCCAAACCAACAAUCUACAGGGCGGUUUAAUCCUCAGUUUCCAAACCAGCGUCCAAGUCCACCACAGUCUCGGUUCCCAGACCAAGCUCCAAAUCAGCAACCCUCUGGGCCAUCUCCAAAUCGCCACCCAGACCGGCAAGGUCCUCCACCUCGAUUUCAAAACCAAGCUCCGAAUCAACAACCUACCGGCCGGUUUGAACCUCAACCACCAAACCCGCCCCGAGCUCCACCACGACCACAAACCCGGUUGCCAAACGAAACUUCAAACGAACAACCUACGGCCCCUGGAAGGUCUAGUGGCCCGGCUUCAGGUUAUGGAAUUUUCAGCACCCCAAAAACGAAGUAAAACAACCAAUUUUUUUAACCCGUAGAGUUGCAAAAUUUUGUGAUACUUUUCUUGGGAGAUUUGUUGAUGGCUCAUUAUUUUAUAUGUAACUAAUAAUAGUCCAAUGCAUACACAUACUUGUAACCAUUAUUCAUAUUUUGUUUGGUCACAACCACUCUAUAAUCUAUGAACGACAAGAUUACAAGUAGGUUCAUCAAUCUUAAGUUAAAGAUGGUUUAG